AUGGCAAUAGAGGCUCAUUCUGAUGGUGAUGUUGCUAUACAUGCAAUUGUUGAUGCAAUAUUAGGAGCAUUGGGAUGUGGUGAUAUAGGAGAGCAUUUUUCUCCUGAUGAUCCUCAAUGGAAGAAUUGUUAUUCAUCUUAUUUUCUUAAUUUUGCUGCUGAAAAAGCGCAAGAAAAGGGAUAUAGUAUAUCUAACUUGGAUAUUACCGUGGUGUGUGAAAAGCCUAAAAUAUCACCUUAUAAAGCAGAAAUGAGGAAAUCUAUAGCAAAGGUACUAAAAAUUAGUGAUGAGCUUGUAAACAUUAAAGCAACUACAGCAGAGAAGUUAGGUUCCAUAGGAAGAGCAGAAGGGAUAGCAGCAUAUGCUACAGUAUUAUUGUAUUCGUUCAAAUAG